GCGCCAUGAGAUGCGCGUGUGGUGUACUUCGUGGAUUUCUAGGAGAGUUGCAUCACUACACGUGAAGCUGGGUGGACAUACCGCGUUUCCUGCUAAUUUCUCAUUGAAAUUUUGUCGAAAGAAAACCAAGAUGUUGACCGUCGCGAGAUUAUUGAGUCGCAGUUGCGCCGGCGUUACCUCCGAUAUUGCCAGAAAGCAACAAUUUAGCACGAUUUUGAAAAAUGUUGCAGCUCCAACAGUUACUGUCUCACAUCGGUUUACCGAUAUGCAACAAUAUCGGUAUAAAUCUGAAGGUGUAAAAGGUUCAGUUAUUGGUAUAGAUCUUGGAACUACCUUUUCCUGUGUAGCAGUUAUGGAGGCCAAACAAGCUAAAGUUAUAGAAAAUGCUGAAGGUUCUAGAACUACUCCAUCUUAUGUUGCUUUUACGAAAGAUAAUGAACGUUUAGUUGGUAUGCCUGCAAAACGUCAAGCAGUCACAAAUUCCGCUAAUACAUUUUACGCAACAAAACGAUUAAUUGGACGGAGAUUUGAAGAUCCUGAAGUGAAGAAAGAUAUGAAGAGCGUAACAUAUAAAAUCGUGAAAGCAUCUAAUGGAGAUGCAUGGGUGCAAGGUGCUGAUGGAAAAAUGUAUUCUCCCAGUCAAAUUGGAGCUUUUGUACUUAUGAAAAUGAAGGAAACAGCUGCGGCUUAUUUAAAUACUCCAGUAAAAAAUGCCGUUAUUACUGUACCUGCAUAUUUUAACGAUUCACAACGACAAGCAACAAAGGAUGCUGGUCAGAUUGCAGGAUUGAAUGUGCUUCGUGUAAUUAACGAACCAACUGCAGCUGCACUUGCAUAUGGCAUGGAUAAACAGGAAGAUAAAAUCAUUGCUGUUUAUGAUUUAGGUGGAGGUACCUUUGAUAUCUCAAUUUUAGAAAUCCAAAAGGGAGUCUUUGAAGUAAAAUCCACAAAUGGUGAUACAUUCUUAGGAGGAGAGGAUUUUGAUAAUGCAAUUGUUAAUUAUCUUGUGUCUGAAUUCAAAAAAGAGCAAGGUGUAGACGUGACUAAAGAUGCAAUGGCAAUGCAAAGGUUGAAAGAAGCUGCAGAAAAAGCUAAAAUAGAGUUAUCAAGUUCUCUCCAAACGGAUAUAAAUCUUCCCUACUUUACUGUGGAUUCUAGUGGACCAAAGCAUUUAAAUCUUAAAUUAUCCAGAAGUAAAUUUGAAAGUCUUGUAAAUGAUCUGAUUAAACGUACUAUUCAACCAUGUCAGAAAGCACUUGCUGAUGCUGAAGUAACAAAAUCUGAUAUUGGGGAAGUUUUAUUGGUCGGCGGUAUGACCAGAGUUCCUAAAGUACAACAAACAGUUCAAGAAAUAUUUGGCAGACAGCCAUCGAAAGCUGUAAAUCCAGAUGAAGCUGUAGCUGUUGGUGCUGCAAUUCAAGGAGGUGUACUUGCAGGAGAUGUGACAGAUGUUUCUUUAGAUGUUACACCUUUGUCACUAGGUAUUGAAACACUUGGUGGUGUGUUUACGAAAUUAAUCACUCGUAACACAACUAUACCUACGAAAAAGAGUCAGGUAUUUUCCACAGCAGCUGAUGGUCAAACACAAGUCGAGAUUAAAGUUCAUCAAGGCGAACGAGAAAUGGCUAGUGAUAACAAGUUACUGGGACAAUUUAGUCUUAUUGGUAUUCCUCCUGCACCAAGGGGUGUACCACAAAUAGAAGUAACGUUUGAUAUCGAUGCGAAUGGUAUAGUACACGUUUCCGCUAGAGAUAAGGGAACUGGCAAAGAACAACAAAUUGUUAUUCAAUCUAGUGGUGGUCUUAGCAAAGAUGAAAUUGAAAACAUGGUUAAGAAUGCUGAACAAUAUGCAAAAGCAGAUAAGAUUAAGAAGGAAAGAGUGGAAGCUAUCAAUCAAGCAGAAGGAAUUAUACAUGACACAGAAGCGAAGCUAGAAGAAUUCAAAGCACAAUUACCACAGGAGGAGUGCGAUAAACUUAAGGAAUUAGUUGCAAAACUUCGGGAAGUUUUGGCUAAGAAAGAUGAUGUAGAUCCUGAAGAAAUAAAGAAGCAAACAAAUGAACUCCAACAAGCAAGUUUGAAAUUGUUUGAAAUGGCAUACAAAAAGAUGGCAGCAGAAAGAGAAAGUCAAAAUCAAUCACAGCAGGAGCCUGAAGGCGAGAAAAAAGAAGAGAAAAAUUAAUUCUAAUUAAAUAAUUCGCAUUUUGUAAAAAAAAGGAAAGACAGAUUCCAUUCAUAUACUUGGAUAAGCAUCAGUUGCUGUUUUUGUAAGCUCAAAAGAAUUGUUUGUUCCAGUUGAAGAAAUAUCAUCUAAAUUUCGAUGUUCUGCGCGAUAAUAAAUAAUAAAUCAAUUAGAAACGAAGUAUUAUUCACAUACAGAGAAAGAAGAAAAAUAAUUUUUUGCACAUCUAGCGAUUUGUUCUGAUAUGUAAUAUCGAUUUUUUUUUGUAUUUAUAUUAAUUUUUGUUUUGAAAGAAAACAAGUACCGUAAGUUCUAUUAAGCUUAGAAAUAAAUAGCUAUGUAUAUUAGAUGUCUAUAGCAGGCCAAUUUUGUAAAAGUUUUGGCCAAUAAGUUUACACAUAAAAUAAAUUAUGUACAUAGUUGAUCGCUUGUAUGAUGCAAGAUGGUCAUUUUUGUGCAGCCUACGAACCAUGUGCAAAAUAUCAAGAUAUUUACAGUUGUUGUAAAAUGACAAUUAUUGUAAAAUGACUUGUACCAAAAAUGACAUGAAAAUAAUUUGUUAACAGUUAUAAACUUGCUAUUGUAGAACUUGCUAUUGUAGAAUGCUUUAUAACACAUUCAAUGAAUGAGUGUAAGGUGAAAAUAUAAAAUCGAGAGAAUGAGAUGUGAAUGUUUCUAUGCAAAACAAGUUUACUCUGUAAAUCAUAUAUAAUGCAGAGAAUAUUAUUGGGAUAUAAUCAA